AAAAUACGAGGAAAGCGUAUCUUCUUCGCAUAUCUUGUUGUCCGUUAAAAUAUAAAUAUUGACUGCUUUCACUAUCUUUAAGAUAAAUAUUGAACAUAAAAAUGUUUUCCACGAGUUCCCAAAGGAAGUUUUGGACGUUCAACGACGAGAGCGAGCUUGCACAAUUGCGGGAGAAGCACAAUUUGGAGUUCAUCGCAAAGCACGGCGCCCAUGUAGACGAAUACCAGCGGUACAACGUGUUCCUGUCUCCAGAGGAAGAAAGACUGCUUCUUAGGCAGUACGAGUUGCACCUUAAAGAGUUCUGCAAAAGAUUCAGCCCGCCAAUGCCCAAAGGCGUUGUCGGCACUGCGUUCCACUACUUCAAACGUUUCUACCUGUACAAUUCCGCGAUGGACUACCACCCUAAAGAAAUCCUGGCCACUUGCGUGUAUUUAUCGUGCAAAGUUGAAGAAUUCAAUGUUUCUAUUGGACAAUUUGUGGCUAAUAUUAAGGGAGACAGGGAUAAAGCAUCAGACAUAAUCUUAAACAAUGAACUGUUAUUGAUGCAGCAGUUAAACUAUCAUUUAACCAUACAUAAUCCGUUCAGACCAGUGGAAGGCUUCUUGAUUGACAUUAAAACAAGGUGCAGCCUUGCCAAUCCAGAGCGCCUUCGGAGCGGUAUUGACGAAUUCUUAGAAAAACUGUUUUUGACUGACGCUUGUCUAUUAUAUGCACCGUCUCAGAUAGCAUUAGCAGCAGUACUCCACGCAGCCUCCAAGGAGCAAGAAAACUUGGACAGUUACGUUACAGACAUGCUCUUCAGAGAUGCUGGUCCAGAUAAGUUGGCUAUCCUGAUUGAAGCGGUACGUAAGAUAAGGUCUAUGGUGAAAAUGGUGGAGAGUCCAGCCCGGGAGCGCGUGCGAGUCAUUGACAAGAAGCUGGACAGGUGUCGGAAUGAAGAGAACAAUCCGGACAGCGAGAUAUACAAGAGGCGGAUGCGGGAGGCGCUGGAUGAAGAUGAUUUGGUGUACACCGGACACACAAGGAUGUCCCUAGAUACGAGUGGAGUGACACAAGUCCUUUCACCCUCCGCUUCUUAGAUUAUAGACUAAUUUUGUUUAGGUAUGCUGUUGUAUUAUACUGAACUGAAAUGUUAAGAAAAAUCUAAGUUAUAAAUGACAAAGCAG